UCCAGAACAGCAGAAGCGUUUGAACAGCCAGUCAGAUUCUGUGCCAGAAACAGUAACUGAUCAGAAAACCCAAGCCCCAGCUUCGGAUGCAGUCGCUCCUCCUGUGCACACAGCAACGGCAAUGGAUAGUAAACGGCAGAAAGUCACACGGAUGCCUCAGUCCUCCUUCAUCGCACCUGAAGACCUGGGUAUUAAGAAUGUCGAGAGGCCCAAAGAUUGGUACAAGACCAUGUUCAAACAGAUCCACAAAGUCAGCAAAGACACUCCUGAAGAAAAUCCGUAUCACCCUACCUACAGCUUUCCUGAGCUUCCUGAAUGCCAGCAGAAGAGAGAAGAAACGGUCACUUACACCCCAACCUAUGUCUUCUCCGAGAUUGCUCAGAGAGAGUUUCUCAAAGCAGAUGAUGACUCGGAAUACUAUUCUCCGCGGUACUAUUAUUCUGAAGACAUGAAAAGUCAGACAAUUGUGCCUCGUUCCAAAAGCACAGGAGACGCUAUCGACUCAGAGAUGGCUGAGCGGAGAUCAGCGACCCUGCCUCUACCCACUCGAUCAUCGUCAUUGAAGCCCCUCUCUGAAAGGAACGACUGGGGACCUCUAGAUAAAAAAGUUGACACAAGGCGGUAUCGUGCUGAACCAAGGAGCAUUUUUGACUAUGAACCUGGAAAGUCUUCUGUGCUCGCUCAUGAGAAAACGAAGACAGAAGAAAAGACUGGGAAAGACCCUACACAGGUUUUGAUGCAGAAUAGAACCGCUGGCUUCAAGACUGAUCAGGGUCAGAUGGAAAAUCUGUCAAAUCAUCAUGAAGUGGAGACAGGGCAAGAUAAGCGGGACGUAAGUCCGGAAGAAAUAGACUUAAAGAAUGAACCUUGGUAUAAGUUCUUUUCGGAGCUGGAGUUCGGCAAACCGGAUCAGCUAGAGAAAGAUCUCUAUCUCUACCAGGCUGAGCUAAACACAGACUUAGAAAAAAUGGAGAAGCUUUUUAGAAGCCAUGACACCCAACUGUGCAAGAACGCAGCACUGAACUCUCCCUUGGAAAUCCCAUCUGAAUUCUCAAAUUAUUCUGCAUUUUCGUCCAAUUCCCACGCAGUGAGGAGGCAGUCGGAGACGGGCACAGGGGAGCCAAUCAGCCAGGAGAACGAAAGGCAAAUCUACAAGACCGUUCUGGAAGGGGGAGAUAUUCCGUUCCAGGGAUUGAGUGGCUUGAGCAAGAGGACAUCCAGCUCCUCGUCAACCAAAGUAGAGUCAGACUCUCCAAGGCUGUCUGCUCCAAUCGAACGCAUGGAGACCCCUGAGGAAAUGUGUCGACGUCGGCAAGAGGACAAGGAGAGACUGUUAGAAGAGCAGAGACGGCUUAGACGAGAACAAGAGGAAGCAGAUAUUGCAGCCAGGAGGCACACAGGAAUCGCUCUUACACAUCACCAGUUUAUCACUAAUGACAGAUUUGGGGACCUCCUUGACAUAGAUGAGGCAGCCAGGAGGAGAUCUGGGUCAGAGAUGUUGCCAGCCAGAGCCAAGUUUGACUUCAAGGCGCAGUCUCUGAAGGAGCUGCCGUUUCAGAAGGGAGACAUCGUCUACAUCUACAGACAGAUAGAUCAGAACUGGUAUGAAGGCGAGCAUCAUGGGAGAGUUGGCAUCUUUCCCAGGUCAUACGUUGAGCUUCUGCCACCAACAGAAAGGGCCCAACCCAAAAAGGCGCCCCCACUUCAGGUGCUAGAAUACGGUGAGGCUGUGGCUCGUUUCAACUUCAGUGGUGACACCCAUGUGGAGAUGUCUUUCAGGAAGGGCGAGCGAAUCACACUCAUAAGAAGAGUUGAUGAAAACUGGUACGAGGGCAAAAUCUCGGGCACAAACCGCCAGGGCAUUUUCCCUGUCACGUAUGUGGAUGUGAUUAAGAGACCCAGGGUGAAGAAUGCAGUUGAUUACCCUGAUCCCCCUGGAUCUUAUUCCUCAAAUCGCAGCUCAACGAGCUCCCCGCAGCCAAACUCGAGAACUGAUAGUGGGCUCGGAGGAAGAUAUGCCAGGAGUCCGAUUGCCUUUUCUGGUUCUCCAGUUAGUACCCUGAGCUCGGGCUCUCUUGUGCCUUCUCAUCACUCAUUGCGAGGACCAGAUCUCACAGAGUCUGAAAAGAGCUACGUGCAACCUCGGGGACAGCAGCAAGGGACGAGCCCGGAGAGGACCCUGGCUGCAACAGCCCUCUUCCAAGCGUUGUACAGCUACGUCCCACAGAACGAAGAUGAGCUGGAGCUUCGAGAAGGGGACAUUGUGGACGUGAUGGAAAAGUGUGACGAUGGCUGGUUUGUUGGAACAUCCAGAAGAACUAAACAGUUUGGCACCUUCCCAGGCAACUAUGUCAAACCACUGAAUUUGUAGAGCUAGGGGUCAUGGUGGACUUUUGUUGAAUAAACAGCUCCUGCCCUCCAAUCCAACCCCAACACUGGCAGAGGGUCCGCGAGCUGUUGAUUGGAUUGAACAGACUGUAACUUGGCCUAAACAUUCUGCUUACAACAUGAAGUGUCUUUACUUUCACCGAACAAGGAGCACGCUGAGCAAGAGAGAAUGUGUGAUUGGUAUGUGAGCUUAGGGUGUGAGGUUGCUGAUACAUCGACCGUAUUAACCCAGUGGGUGGGCAAGGACUGGAUCAGUUGACAAGGGGAAGACAAUGCCCAUCGUGGCUUAAAGUCGGACUCCCUUUCUACAUGGUACUCAGAUAUACGGUCUGGAUGAGAGACAGAACCAGGAGGCUUGGGAACAGCUGAGUCUCUGAUUGGGGAUAGGGCAUGAGAUUAGAAGACAAGCCGGCUAUUGCGCUGAGCCCUGUCUUUUCACAAUGUGGAGAAUGGAAUGGAACUCUUAAAUACAGAGGAAUUUCUAGCCAGGGGUAACCCUUUACUGCUUGAUGCAGUGCAUGUUCUCUGAACCGUCACUUGUAAUCUCUCCUUUUUCUACUGCGUGUUUUGGAUUGCUUUACUGGAAAACGAACACAGGUAGAAUAUGCACCUCAUUCCCCCUGAUGAGGAAAUGUCACUCCCACUUUGACAAAGAUCUUGCAGCUAUCCUUUAUUGGCUAAUGCUUUUAUAGAGCGGGUUUCUUUAACACGUGUUAAUAGUCAGUGACACCCACGUAGAUCUGCAACACUUCUAGUAUUCUUCAGUCACACAACCAGUAAGUAUAUAAUAAGAAAGCACACCUUUCCCAAAAGGGAAUCAACCCACUGCUGGGAUAAAGCUUUGUGUAAAUAUGUACAUUUGAUUUUGUACAAAAUUAUGUACUUAUCCUGUAUAGAAAAUAAUAAUUUAACAAAAGAAAUUUUAAAUGGCAUACUGAAAGCAGAGAAACAAAACGGAGCUCUUUUACAAUUUAUUUGCGAGAAACAGAGCCUCGGUUUGGAAGAAAAUGCUUAGCACCAAAACAAAGCACAUGCAAAUUGUGUUUUUUUUUAAAAAUCAUCACAGUCUGGGAAAUCAUCCUCCUCCUUGUCUGUACAAAUAAUACAACAGCAAGAUCACUUUCUGUUUAAUGUGCAGAUGUAUCCCUUCCUCUGUACCAGUAAAUCACUGAUGGGCUGCAAUAUGCUGACUGUAGAUAAUCAAAACACUCAUAUAUUUUAUUUCCACUUUUCUGUGAGCUGCAAGUCUUUAUAAUCAUGUGUUGCAGCAGAUCUUCUGUUGAGCUAUUUUCUUUAUUGCCGUGCUUCAGGAUGUGUUAAUGAAGAUAAGAGCCUCUAUUGACUGCUGUGGUUGCAAAAUGCAAUAUUUAAUAAACUUUAUUCAAGCCGUGGAUGUGCCUUGCAA